AGUUAGUGGUCGACUGUCCGGUAUACAUCUCGCGAUACAUAUAGAAACGUAUCAAUAUAGAAUUUGUGUUAAAAAGUUAACUUAAAAAAAUAAAAAUGUUGAAAGUAAAAGUAAAAUUUUGCGCGAUAUUCGCGCUGUUUUUUAAAUACGCGGUAUCAAUUCGUUGUUUCGAGUGCAACAGUAUGAACAACUCCAUGUGCCUGGACCCCACCAUCUACGACAAGGAGACCAUCAACAACUUCCUCCCCAUCGCAGAGUGUGGUCGUGGUAUCUACUCUGCCAAUAAUGAGUUCUUCUGCAGGAAGAUUAUUCAGACCAUUCUCCAUAAGGGUUAUGAGCCGGAGGUCCGAGUGACCCGCAGCUGUGGCUGGGUGCGUCAUCACCGCGACUGCUACAAGGCUGACAAUGAAGACCAUCUCGAAACAGUCUGUCAGUGCUUCGACAACGAGUGUAACUCUGCCUCCGUCCGCAAGAGUGCGCUAGCUCUGGUUGUAGGAGCGACAGUUAUGAUGUACCUGUGAUUACAUGCAGUAUUAUUUUG